AUAAAGGAAAGGGUUCUUUCUUUUUUUAUUUCAAUAACAUCUGGCCUAAGGCAGAAGAGCUGAGGGUGAUUUUCUCCUAAGAAAUCAUCUACCAUGAAAAUUCUUCUCUUUUUCUCUACCUUGCUCUUCACUGGUGUCCUAAUGCCACGAGGUAACAGGAACGUUAUUGCCGGGGUGGGGUGGGGAGAGAUUACUUCCAGCUAUUUUUUCCUUCUUCCAGACAGAAGUAAAGAACAUCAUGCUGUCUUUAACAUGUGGGAUGCAUGUAUAAAGCUCAGUGGUCAGUGUAAAAGACAUUGUGGUGAAGAUCAAUAUAGGAUUGCGUAUUGUGCAAGACAUACAGUUGAUUGCUGCAUGAAAAGAUGUAAACCUGUGGAGAAGUAAUAAAAGAGAACCAAACACAAAGAGAGGACCCAUCUUAACUAAGCCUUCUCGUUAUUUCUUUACUUUUCAUUUCUUCAUACUUAGUCCGGGAUUUCUAUCCAUGCAUACAAAUAAUGAAUAAAGAAUUUAAAAAAUAUAUUUUUAGGGGAAGUGUUCUUUUAAGCGGAACAUUGUUCAGCUUGGAAGCAAGGGUCAAAAAACAUAGUAGAGCUUAGAUCUCCGUAAUAGAAGGAGAAUGAGAGAGAAAGUACAUGGGUGCCUGAACUGCUACGUUAAAUGAGAUGUCGGGGCCAAGUCUAUGAUUAGUGUGAAAAGAAUGUUGUAGCUUAUUAGUGACUUGGAGGCCUGAUGGCAUACUGGUUAAGAGCUCGGCUGCUAACCAGAAGGUCAGCAGUUUGAAUUCACCAACCACUCCUUGGAAACCAUAUGGGACAGUUCUAUUCUGUCCUAUAGGUUGCCAUGAGUUGGAAUUGUCUCGACGACAGCAACAGGUUUGGCUUUUGGUUUUUAUUGGUGACUUAUGUUAAGCAUUUUUUGGGGGAAAAUCAACAGUAGGGGGAAGGGAAUUGAUAAAAAAAUGAAAGGUAUCUUUUGUCCCUGAACUAGUGAAAGUGCAAGAGCUUUGAUGGGUUGGUUAUACUAUUAUACUAUCAUAGAACUCUUAAAACAAAAACUAUCCAAGUGCAUAGACAUUUUUUGAGAAGAAUAACUGCAAAAAGUGGAACAGAAGGAGACUACUUUGAGGAGGAAAAGGAAGUAGGAUGAAUUCCUGUAGCUUGUGGUAUAAAAGAGAGAGAGAAUGGAAAAAAAAGGCCUGUAUGUAAGAGGGUAUGUGUGGGUAUGUAAGAAUUAGCCUUAUAGUUUAAUAUAUGAAAAGACCCUAAUAGAUUUCCAACUCUAAAAUUGAAGAUGUGAAGCAGUUAAAUAUAUUCCAUUUUUCACUUUGGGGAUGUUAAAAAUGUUGAUUGAAAAAGGCAAAAAUAAGUCCAGAACUAAGUGCUGUACAUCUGACAGUGCGGGAUAAAUUGGGUUCUCUCUCUCUUCAAAUAAUGACUGGAUAAUGAGAGUCUCUUGGGCUGUGGCCAAUGACCUUGCUGUUAGAUCAGCAAUUCAGCCCCAUAUGAUUGACAAUUAAAAACACCUCCGUGUUUACAAUUACAGAAAUUCCUACGAGAAUUCUGAGGGAAAAGUAAAAUGGGCUACAGUGGUUAAAGUGAUUGACUGCUAACCAAAAGGUCAGCAAGUGGAAACGACCAGCAGCUCUGAAGGAAAAAAAUGUGGCUGUCUGCUUUUACAAAGAUUUACAGCCUGGGAAACCCUAUGAGUUGGAAUCAACUCAAUGGCAGUGGGUUGGUGCAUAAAUGGCAUGAAAUACAAAUACUAUUGCCCUAGUUGGGACCCUAGAAACCCUGGUGGCGUAUUGGUUAAGUGCUAUGACUGCUACUCAAAAAGUCAGCAGUUCGAAUCCACCAGGCACUCCUUGGAAACUCUACAGGGCAGUCCUACUCUGUCCUAAAAGGUCGCUACGAGUCGGAAUCAACUCGACGGCACUGAGUUUGGUUUUUUUUUGGAGUUGGGACCCUGAAGUUAGCCACUGUGCUGAGUAUGUACAGGGCUGCUGAAGGAUGAAACACCAGGCAGAAUGAUGGCAUAGUCUACUUUUGCCUGUUGAAGCUACUAAUGUGAUAAACA